AUGGCCGGAUUCAGUUACCGCGAUCUCGCCGUGUGUUUCGGGUGGUGUCCGAAGUUAGGUGCUCCUUUCCGGCGGCGAGAGCACGCCAGACGAUCUAUCGGCGAAGAGAAGCGCGCAUCGGAUGCGCCACCAUUGGUGUAUUUCUUUGGUCUGCCCGGCGCAGGCAAGAACCACUGUGGCGAGAUGUUGGCCCGGGAGUUUGGCUAUGUGUUCCGCGACGGCGACAGGUGGCUGCCAGAGGACCUCCGUGACUCCCUGGCUCGCGGGCAGGGCUUCACCCCCGAGCAGCGCGACCGGUACGCCUCCACCAUCGCGGCGCAGAUCGCGCGCGAGCGCGACGCGGAGUCGUCCUGGGCCAGGGAGCAUGCCAGGGCACCCCGGCCGCUGGCCGUGGCCCAGGCCACCUUCAAGAGGAAGCACCGCGACCUGAUUCACGCGCGCCCACCCCGACGCCACGUUCUGCUGGGUGCGGGCGGACGACGGCACGCGCUUCGGCCGCCUGGCCCGCGGGGGCAACCUGGUGGACGUGGACCUCGGCAGGAGAGGAUGGCGAAAGACUUCGAGCCCCCUGGCCACGACGAGGCCGCCGCGGUUGUGGACAAUUCUGUCACGCUGGCAGCAGCGACGAGGAUGCCCUCCGUCAGCAGCUGA